AUGUAUUACGUGAGUAAUACAAUUGGUGAAGGGUCCGAAGAGGAAGAAGAGGAACUAUCAGUAAGUGUUGACUCUCGAGGUUUUCCUGGCUGGGAUAAGGUGGAGGCCCUAGCACUGGCAUUAAUCCAGCUCAAAGGCAUCAGCAUCACAGCUGCUGAGACUAAUAAUAUCAAACAGUUGUUUGAUGUUUUGCUGGAUUUUGACAGGAGGCCAAUCAAGUAUACAGCCAAGGUCAAGAAGCCAUCAAAGGGACGCUUUGCUAGAUCAAAAGGUGUAUUUUUUGGUGUAGAUGCUGUCAAAAGGUUUAUACAGCUGAACAUCAAUGGUCUGAACGUACCUGAACGAAAGACCCAACUGGUACAGCUACUACAAAGGAAGCAGUAUGAUGCCGUUUUUCUCCAAGAGUCCAAGCUCGGUUCACGGAAUAAAGACCCUAUCAUCAAUGGUUAUACUCUGAUCAGAUUAAACAGACCUAAUGCUCUCAACCAUCGAAGUGGUGGGGGUCUGGCCAUCUACAUCAAAAAUGGUAUAUCCCAUAGUGAGGUUCCUCUGAAAACCAUCGCUCCUCUGGAGGCAAGGCGGUAUCCUUUACCGAAAAGUCAAAGGUUUUUUUCUAUCGUUAAUAUUUAUCGACCCGAAGUCAAAGGCAAACCUCAACGAUUCAGUGAAUAUCAGUCAGAGGUUAUUUCCGAAAUAAGAAGAAUGAUCCACAACUACCAAACCAACAACGACCAGAAGAUUGAACUAGUAUGGGUUCCAUCGCACGUCUCCAUUCCUGGCAAUGAUCAAGCAGACCGUUGUGCCAAGGAAAGUCUGAGUCUGGAGGAAAUCGAGCCUGUAGAAUACUCCUAUUCGGAGUUCUGCAGUAUCGUAUCUUCUAGGAUCAACCAGAAAUGGUCCGACAUGUUACGGAACCUCGACACCGCAAGAUACCAGAUUGAUCCGAAGAUACCAAACCAAACCAAACCAAACCAAACCAAACCAAACCAAACCAAACCAUCCAUCUGUAGCCAUCUGCAAAGUGGCAACCAGACUCCGGACCAACAACGUAUUACGAGACCAUCAGUUCAAUGCCAUUAA